UCCACUAUUUUUUUUGGAUCGAUGAUGAUCCGAAAUGCAUGCACGAUGCUACCGACGUAGUCCGCACGACACAAAUGACUCAAAACUUUUCGCGUGUGUGUGGGUGUUUGGCCAUUGUCUUCCUGUCUUUGUUUUUGUUUUCCACUUCGUCCGAGUGGUCAAAAGUUCUGGGAUCAUGAUGUUUGCUUCCCAUGAUCAUACCAUGAUCAAAGCCUCGCGAUUUUCUGUUUUCGUUUUGUCAAAUGAUUGACGUGUGUGUGUGUGUUCGUGCGGGGAUCUAUGAUGACAGACAAGGGUCGUCCAGAAAUCACGAACUCCUGCCGCUGCGAUCAAAAUCUCGUGUACGCACAAAAGCAAGCAAGAACAAGCAGCGAUCUAGCGAGAAGAAAAUAAAGAACGAAAACUUUGAUCUGGUCUUGCUUGCAAGCAAAAGAAGAAGAAGAAAAGAAAAACACGAGAACUCACUCGUUUGUUGCGAAUGGAACACGCUUGUGUUGCUGUUGCGGAUUUUUUCUUGUAAAAGGGACAAGCUCGCCAGCGGAUCGCUGUCAGGAAUUGGUGAAUGCACACCUGAAAGCCAUCGAUGGGUGAACUGGAAAAUGCCAAACGAGACGAGAUUUUUGUCCUACCUUUUAGAGGCCAAAACUCUGGAAACAUUCGCAUUGUUUAGGGCUCGAGACGAUGAGGGCUGCUGCUGCUCGGGUGAGAAGAGGUGGGUUCUUAGAGUUCUCUCCUUUGUCAUGCUUAGCGGAACUUUUCUUCUUGCGUCGUGGAUCUUUCCAGGCAUCGCAAUGCGGCAAAGUUCGUGCCGUGAGAUGAGCAGGCGCGCACUGAAAAUCGCAACCAGGAAGGCUGCACAGAGCUUGCGGCGGGACAAGAUCAACAACAGGAUCUCCAAGGAAGUCGCCAAAGCGUUGUUGUUGCCCACUUUCGUUUUUUUCUUGAGCAGUGUUCGGGAGGGUGGUGCCAACACAGCGUCAAACUUGCAACUGGCAGCGGUGCUUCAACGGGCGAGAGAGCUGAAUGUCUCGAAAGAAAUCAUCGAGCGAAACAUGAAGAAAGCGAAGGACACCGAGAACCAAUCCUUCAGUGAGAUCCUGUACGAGGUGUUUGGCUAUGGUGGCGUUGGUAUCGUGGUCGAAGUUCUUACGGACAAUCCUAAUCGCUCGUCCUGUCAGAUUCGAGAAGUGGUGAAAAAGUGUCGAGCCAAGAUGGCUGGCUCCGGCUCGGUUCUCUUCGACUUCAAGCGAGCUGGUGUACUUUACGUUAAAGCUGCCGCAGACGUGAGUGCCGACGAGCUCUUUGUAGCAGCCACCGACGCUGGUGCCGAGGAUGUCAUUGAGCCUCCGGAAGACGAGGAAGCCUCCCUGGAAGACAGGGUCUUCAAAGUGAUAACAAAGGCGGAAGACUACAUACCUGUAAAAUCCAAGCUUGUAGAGGCCGGAUUCCCAGUUGGCGUCGACUCGGGUCUAGAGCUCGUGUCAAACGCGCAAGUAGAGGUUGAUGAUGAAGCGAUGGAGUUGAACAAAGGCCUUAUGGAAAAGCUACUGGAGCUGGAUGAUGUGGAUGCUGUUUAUUCAAGUCAAAAGGCUUGAAGUAUAACCGGUCCAGUUUCUGUAAGUGGACAGAGGAAACAAAGCAGCAAAGGUUCGAAACAAGAAUUGAAAAACAUACCUGAUGCACAGCCUUAAAAAUCAUAAUCGUUUCUUAGGAUGAAAACCGUCGCGUAGAAUUAUGAUUUUGUAAGAUGCUAAACGACUCCGCAAUUUAUAACUCCACAGUGUCCAUUA